GGAAGGGAAAAGUGGUGAUUGGUGAGGGACAGCAUUUGAAGAAGAGGAGAGAGGGGCGGUACAAAAGAAGGAGAGCGAGGGCGGAGAGCGGGUCUGGUGGCGAAAGCUUGCCUGGGCCGCGUCUGGGACACCUGGGAACAAAGGUGGGUGGCAGGUUUCUCAGGUAAGUAGGUUUAUGGAGCCAAAAGGGAAAAGGAAGUCCAUAGCGGGGAGGAUUACUCCAAGGUUAGAGAGGAUCCUAGGAAAGAAAGGAUGGAGUGAGGGACAGUGUUCUCCCAAACUCUCGCUCAUCCCCCAAAGAGAAAACAAACGCUUGUCCUUUAACCCAGGUGAAAAGUGCAGCUGAAGACGCAGGCAAGACAAAUACCGUCCUAAACCUUUGUAUUAUGUUGUGAAAUUCAUCUCUUCGUACAUUAGUCCCUUCCUUUUUCAAGGUGUAUUGGUCAACUAUAUUCUAACACUGUUGUCCCAUGAAAGGUGUUUGAGGGUUAAGGUCCCGGGAAGCGCCAACCUGAGGGUAACGCCGUCCUCCCGCCAGGUCUAGCCGCAGGCAAAAACAGGCCCGACUCCUUAGUAGUAAGGUGAUUUGGAGGCUACAGGUAUGGCCCCGCCCCCCUCGCCUGCACCUUGCGGAAGGUACCAAAAGCUUGACUCCAGCUGCCACAGGCUUGCCUGGGCCCGGGGGUGUAAUGGGCGCGACCCCGCCUCCCCCCGCGGGGGUGUGCCAGCUCCUUCCGUCGGUUGUUCUUCCUGCUUCGCCAGCACGUUUCGCGGUAUGGGGCAGAGCCUCGGAUCCGCCAGUACCUCCUAAGGAUCCUGAAACCGCCCCCGCGAUGGAGGAGGACCAGGAGCUGGAGAGGAAAGCAAUAGAAGAACUGCUUAAGGAGGCAAAACGUGGGAAGACAAGAGCAGAAACAAUGGGGCCUAUGGGUUGGAUGAAGUGUCCUCUUGCUGGUACAAAUAAAAGAUUUCUAAUUAACACAAUUAAGAACACAUUGCCCUCCCAUAAAGAGCAAGACCAUGAACAAAAAGAGGGCAGUAAGGAACCCACAAAGAACCAGGCCCAGAAAGAAGAAAACCCGAAGCCCCACCGGAGCCAUCCUUACAAGCACAGCUUCCGUGCCCGAGGCGCGGUCAGCUACUCCCCGCCCAGGAAGCGGAGCACCAAGGACAAGCGUGAAAAGCGACCCAGCCGGCGGUGAGGGUGGGAUGGGUGUGCGGACAGGGCCGUGGGCGGCAGGCGUUGGCUGGCAGAGCACACACCUGACAGUGAUUUUUACAGUCGAUUCUUUGUUAUUGUUUUUAAAGAGGCUGCUGGCAACAGGCAAAAAAAAAAAAAAAAAAGACGAGGUAACUCAAGGAAACCGGUACAAAGGAAAAUGUCUUGGCAAGUUUAAGCUACUUCAGCAGUUUAAUAUGUACACGGAAGGUUUUUAUUCUAUCUUGUUUGGAAGGGAGUUCCAAAAUAAGCAAAUCUAGAGUUAAAAGUUUUCAGAGAUUGUUAAAACUGUUUCCUUUUUUUUUUUUUUUUUUUGUCCUUUCUCAAAA